AUGAGCGCCGAAGACGAACAAUCGCAGUCCGGGUACGAGGAAGGCAGCGCAGGAGGACCUGGCGCACCCACGCCACUCUCAGCACUGGAGGGUGUUAAUGGCUUGACCGCGCGCGAUAUCAAGCUCAUCAUCGAAGGUGGAUACAACACAGUAGAGUCGGUGGCAUAUACGCCGAGAAAAGCACUAGAGCAGAUCAAAGGCAUUUCGGAACAGAAGGCUUCGAAGAUACUAGCGGAGGCAUCCAAACUCGUACCGAUGGGGUUUACCACCGCAACGGAGAUGCACCAACGACGCAGCGAACUGAUAUCUAUCACGACCGGCUCGAAACAACUCGACACAUUACUAGCAGGCGGUAUCGAGACCGGAUCUAUCACAGAGAUCUUCGGGGAGUUCAGGACAGGAAAGAGCCAGAUAUGCCACACACUCGCCGUGACAUGUCAACUACCCUUCGACAUGGGCGGUGGCGAGGGCAAGUGUCUAUACAUCGACACUGAAGGCACCUUCCGGCCCGUCCGUUUACUGGCCGUAGCAAACCGGUACGGUCUGUCCGGAGAAGAAGUCUUGGACAACGUCGCCUACGCCCGCGCCUACAACUCCGAUCAUCAGCUCCAACUCCUCAACCAGGCCGCAACAAUGAUGACGGAAACCCGGUUUUCCCUCCUUAUCGUCGACUCCGCUACCUCGCUUUACCGCACCGAUUUCAUGGGUAGGGGUGAGCUCUCAGCAAGACAGAUUCAUCUUGCAAAGUUCCUGCGGACGCUGCAACGGCUGGCCGACGAGUUCGGCAUCGCAGUCGUCAUCACGAACCAAGUGGUAGCACAAGUUGACGGAGGCCCAUCAGCAAUGUUCAAUCCGGACCCCAAGAAGCCCAUUGGUGGAAACAUCAUCGCGCAUGCCAGCACGACGCGAUUGAGUCUCAAGAAAGGCAGAGGCGAGACGAGGAUAUGCAAGAUUUACGAUAGUCCUUGUUUGCCGGAGAGUGAUUGCUUGUUUGCGAUCAACGAGGAUGGGAUUGGCGAUCCGAACCCGAAGGAUCUGGAGAAAGAUUAA